CUCUUGUCAUCAUAGUAACGUUAUUUCAGUAAAAUGCAUUACACACGGAUACAUACAAGCACUUGAAGAAAACAAAUUCCUCUAAAAUAUUCUAAGCCAUGUUAUUUGAAGAAAAGGAAUAAUUAAUACAGCACCAAAAAUGAACUGCCAAAGAUUCCAUGUAAAAAUCGAUAUAAAAUUACACGCCGUAACAUGUCCGGGAGUAUGGCUAUGUAGUCAUGGCUAUUUAGAAGUCACUUUAAAGACCUUGGGCUAUUUCUUUCGCACCGGAGCUAUAGAACCCUAUUUUCCCAUAUUGUGUCAUGACCACUACAAAAUGGAAGGCUACUUCAAAAACACACCCUCCAUAGCUUCUUUGAUAGGACAAUUGCAAACAGAACCUCUGGAAAUAACCUUAUGGCAAAGUGGACGGCGUUUGGGUUACUAUCAAGGAGUUCUUAUGGAUCUUUUACAAAUGACAGAGCCCAAAUUACAUUGUCCACAUGUCAACACUAAGCAAUUGUUAAUGAAAACAACAACAGCAUUUCCGGGCAUCAUAGCCCCCAAAGUUGAACUGUGUGCAGAUUUCUUCAUAAAAGAUAAAAUACUUAAUAUGAACAACAUCAAUGAAGAGCUAAAAUCGUUUACUAGUGUCCAAAGAAAACCCUUGAGUUAUACGCCUACGAAAACAAUGAAACAUUUCUGUGAUAACAGACCCCAAUUCUAUCAGAGGCCUUGUAUCAUUAAUCCUGAACCCUUUGAAGAGUUGGCCGCUAAUGCACCUCGUAAACAAAGAACCGUAUGUCAUGCAAGAGGUUUUCCAGGCAAAAGUACAAAACCUUUUGAGCCUUUGGUAAAAUCAAAUUCAAGGCGCGUCUCAAUAGUUUCCACCCGGUUGCACGUACCGGAUUGACCCUAUGGAUUUCUUCGUCGGCAAGGGCAGCUCCCUCAGUGUAGAACACACGGCUACAACUAUAUUUAAUUGUGAUGGCUCCAUAAUUAAAUAUAAAUAGCUACCAUACGAGCCAAUAUCCGUUUUCGCUUUUAAAGGUCAUAAACUACUUAUCAAAAUAUGAAAUUUAUAUAUAACUGAAUAUUUAUUCAUACAUUGAUCAUAAAAAGCAUAAAAUCUCUCUUAACUGUUGUUAAUAAACCAAGGCGGAUUUAAUAACAGCAGGCCAGGUUUGACGUUACUAAGAUGUCAGAUUUUUGUUUGCAUUCUCUUUGUUGUUAUCUUCUUUCUCGCAUAUUCUCUGCUCAUUUAUGCACACGUAUUUGUAUGUGUGUGUUGACAAAACGCCGAUCAGCUGGAUGGCAAGAUGGCGGAUUGCACCAUAUGAUUUGUGUUUGCUGUACAAAUGAGACCACCUUU